AUGAAGUUCUCACAGCCCCCACACAUCGUCCGCCUCGACGGCAUCCACACCCCCUCCCCAACCUUCUCUCCCUCCUUCACACACACAUACACCGAAUACCCGUCCACGCCCUUCGACACAGCCACCAUCGUCGAGAGAAUAAAAGAUGCAGACGUAGUAAUCACGACCCGGAUUCCAAUCACAGAAGAAACACUGGAGCAAUGUCCGCGGUUGAAGCAUGUUGCUGUUCUGGCCAUCGGAUCCGAUCACAUCGACCUCCCGGCCUGUGCGCGCCGGAACAUCCUGGUCACAAACGUCCCCGCCGCCUCCAUCGAGUCGGUCGCCGAGCACGCACUUGCUCUCUUCUUCGCACUGAGACGGAAUGUGGUGGGUAUGCAUCAGCUUACCGUCGGCACCGAUGAGUGGGUUAAGAAGUGGAGCUUGAAGAAUGACUUUGGUGGAUGUCCGGGAACGUGUCGCGAGGAGGUAGUCGGGAUUUUGGGGCGUGGGGAGUUAGGAACCCGCGUAGCAACCCUCUGCCGCGCCCUAGGAAUGACCGUCCACUUUGCUGACCGGAAAGAGACUCCUUCUUCCUCCGUUCGUCCUGGCAAAGUUCCUUUCCACCAAAUCCUCGCACAAUCCACCACUCUCUUCCUCACCCUGCCCCUCACCCCAAACACCACAAACCUCCUCUCCACCCCGGAAUUCUCACUCAUGCGUCCGGACGCUCUGCUUAUCAACGUCGCGCGUGGAGGAAUCGUAGACGAAGAAGCGUUGAUUAGGGCGUUAGAAGAAGGGAAGAUAGGUGGUGCGGCAAGCGAUGUGUUUUUUGAGGAACCGGCGGGGGUAGGAAAUAGGGGAGAGAAGGGAGAGGAGGGGAGGUUGAAUGGCAGGUUAGUGUUGAGUCCGCAUAUUGCAUGGUGGGCAAGGAGUUCGAUUGAGAAGUUGAGGGGGACCGUGGCGGGGAAUAUUGAGGCUUGGAUGCAGGGGGAACCGAAAAAUAUCGUUGUUUAG